ACUUCAUAUUUUUGACAUUGACAUGUACUUACCUAUCGGCAAAAAUCUUUAACAAAUCUUUUUCUUUUAUUUUAAAUUUUACAUAACUUCUUAUUAUUAUUUGUUUAUUAAAUUAAUUUAUUAUUAAUUUACAUAAUACAAUGUCUCAACUAGCCGUUUUGCGGCACAUAUCCGUCCAAUGUAAACGACUAAUCGGCCCUUCUGCAAUCGCCUCCAAACACCAACAACGUUUUUAUUCCCAACCUCAAGAAAAACCUACAGGAUCUUUAGCCAAAUCUAGUGAUAGAACUGAUGUUUCUACCGAUGUUCGUCCAUUGGGUGAAAAAAUCAAAGAAAAUACUAAAACUGCUUCCUAUAUGGGAGUUAUCCUGUUGGGAGUCGGUGUAACAGGAGCACUUUUCUACACGGUUUUCAAAGAACUCUUCUCAUCGAGUAGUCCAAAUAAUAUUUACUCAAAAGCUUUAGAGAGGGUGAAAGAGGAACCACGAGUACAAGACUCAUUAGGUGCUCCCAUAAAAGGAUUCGGCGAGGAAUCCCGACGAGGUCGACGACAGCAUGUGGCUCAUUCGAAAUUCGAACGCAACGGAGUGCCUCACAUUAGAAUGCAAUUCUAUAUUCAAGGAAUCAGGAAUAAAGCCACAGUGCAUUUAGAAAUGAAAGAAACCUCAGGAGAUUACACUUAUCGAUACCUUUUUGUCCAGCUUGAUCAUUAUCCUCAUACCACAAUAAUCUUAGAGGACAAUCGUUUGUCUGACAAACAAGCCCUGGGCUCGAACAUGGAACUUGUCCAGUGAAACAAAUCCCAGAACUGAAAACUAUAACCCUGUUUCAUUGUUACCUGCUGCUUCCUUCCUUUGUUAUCUUAGAUUAAGAAUAAAUAAAAACAAAACUCGACAAA